CUGCUUUAAGUAGCUCUGUCUAUGAGAGGGAAAUUGUCCAGUGGUUUACUUUGGCUUAGUUGUAAAUAGAAAAGAAAAAAAGUUAUAAUUUCCUUGCAAGUGUGUGUAUGUGUGUGUGCGCGCAGCCUAGAAUAUAAUAGUUACAUUGCUCUUCUGUCAAAGCCUUUUUGUCAGCAUUGCUAAUGAGUUGUUAUAAGACACACUGAACUAAAACGUUGGUGUUUUUGAGUUUGCAGCUUUUUGUUAGUGGAGGAUUUGCCAUCAAAAUGUUCCCAUGCCAGUUCUGUGCUAGUGAAUGUACCAAUGUAUGUGCAUAUGUUAGGCACACAGAUUCAUAUGGAUGUACCAGAUUUCAACCAGAACUUCCACCAGAGAGACUGAUAAUACUAUGGAACAAAAGCGCCAAAGAUUGGAGGAGAUCUAUAGACAGGAAGGUGCAGAUGGGGUUGAAAGAGCAGAGGUCCGUCAUCUCAUGGAGACUACAUUCUGUCUACUGUGUCACCAUAUAAAUGCGAUUCCGGCUCCUUCCAUUGGAGGCAUAAGAAGCAAAUGGCCUUAUCUCUUCAAUCAGAGAUACAUGUAUGCUCAUUUUGAGCUUCUCACAGAUCUUAAUGUGCUGCAUCUCCUGGAGCUUGCCAUGGAGGAAUCUGGGAAAGUGAUCACAGAAUAUAUCCGCAACAAACCUACCAACAAAGAUGUCCAGACUGUCCUCUCCCAGGGGGAGGACACUGAGGUGGCACUUCAUGUGGUCCAGUUGCUGAUGGCCCACUUCACAGAGACCACAGAUGGGCUCAUCCUUCUUGCAGAUUCGUCUGCCACAGUGGCUGAUGUUGAGAGGACCCUCACGCUACCACCAACUCCUUGUCUAAUACUGCUCAGUGGAACAGAGCAUGUCACUGCAGGACGCUGGAUGAUCUGCCUUGAGGGUGAGGUCCUAUGUGAGGGCAUCCAACCAACAUUUGUGACAGGGCUUGCUGCUCUGUUUUCAGUGUACUACAUAUUUAAUCUGCAGUACCAAGAGGAGGCUGCCUGUACACUAGAAUUUAUUCAAAGGUAAGGUUUGUGUUGUCCAACAGACCUGUUUCACAGCAGUCAUUUUGA